UCUUUAGAGGAUAAGUUAUUGCCACCUUUUUCUCCUCGUCGUAAAAUAUCAGACUCUGUUGGAACUGUAGAAAUAGCUGAUAGAGCUGAUAUAGAUUCGGAUAAUAUUGAAACACCACCUACCUCUCGUCGACAAAUUGCUAAACUACAAAAUAUUCCUCCAAUUUCUAAACCAGGCGAAGAGGAAACACUUGGUGAUGGACAAUUUGAUAGAUUUUCUGCUGCAAGACGUACUCGUAGAUACAGAAAGUCAGCUGAAGAUGAUUCAUUAAGUCGUAAAUUUGAUGAAUUUGAAUCUCCUAGACCUCUUAAUGAAAGCGAUAAUAAUGUUCGGCAGACCCCGUGGAAAGAUAAGUUAGCACAUAAAUCUAGUAAUAACAUUGAUGAUGCCAAAGAAUUUUCUCGGACUAGAAUGUAUUCAUCUAUGCCUAGAACUGCAAGAAAUCAUAGCGUUGUAGAUCACGGUGAUAUCAUGAAAGCUGUUAAAAUAUACGGUCAACAGUCAACGGACAAAAAUAUUGUAGAACUACCACGAAUAUCAGGAAGGGUAACAAAGAUAAAUAUAUUGGAUAAUGGAGAGUCUAGAAUUGAUAUGAAAAAUAGCGAAUUCAUUCCAGAGAUUCGCGUACAAGCAUUAACUCCUCCCAUAAAAACUGCAAUAAGAACAGAACAUGAUCUAAAUGAUGAAGGUUUUGAAGAAUCAGUUAGUUUAAUGUCAGCUGAAUCAUUAAGUGCGGAAGCUUCAUCUGGUAAUUUUGAAUCUGAAAAAUCGAUACCUCCAAAAACUAUCACUAGAGCAGAUAGCAGCGAGAGUAAUGAUACUAAUAGUAGUAGUGGACUACCUGCUACACCAAAUUUAAGAAAAACGAAUUCUUUGAGAACAUCAACCAAACCUAUAGUUGCGAUAAAAACUUCAGAAACUCCAAAACGAACAAGUAGUUUUAGAACACCUAUGGUAAUGCAACGACCGUUAGUUAUGAAAAGAACACCGUCUUCUUCGUUAGCUAGACCUUUGGUAAAAUCAUCUUCAAUAUCUAGUAGACCUGGUUUAACUAGAACAGAAAGUGAACCAAAAUCUGUUGAAAGGUCAAGUUCUAAGAGUAGCUUACGUAGUUCUAGAAGUUCUUUAAAUAGUAUUAAUUCUGCCAGUACAGUGAAAAAAAUUCCAGGAAUAUCAACGUACACCAAAGCAAUUAAUGAUUUAACUACAGAUUUAAAGGCUAAAAAACCACUAAGUGCUUUACAACCUUAUAAUAGUAAUAAUAGUCGGAACCCUAUUGCAAGCAGAAGCAAUAGUGGUAGUAUUGCAAUCGCUGUUAAUAAACCAAAGCCUAAAACUUUUCAAAGUAAUAGCUUUAAAGAAAAUCAAAGUAGAGGUACAAAUUUUUCAACCACGGCCAGUUCUAAAACAUUAGGAUUCAUGAGACCUACAGCAUCAAGUACAGCAAAAGAUUUAGUCGAUGGUGUUAAACCAAAACCUCUAGUCAAAAAAACCUUCAAAUAAUGAAUAGAGUUUAUAAAAGUAAUAAAUAAAUCUAUUGACAAAUUAUCAAAAAUAUUUAAGACUUUUUAAUAUUCAUAAGAAAUGUUUCAUAAUAUUUAUUAUACAAAUUAUGAUUAGGUAUAUAAUAAUUUUUAUUAAAAAAACAUUUUAGAAAUUAAAUCAAAAAUCAUUCGGUCUCUUAUUUAAAAUUUGAUUCUAUAACAAAAAAGGCUUAAUUAUUAGUCUCAUUAUCAAACAAUAAAAAUAAUAUUACCGACACAAAAAAAAAAUAGAUUACUUUUGAUCAUCCGUUACCAAUAAAUUUCAGUAGAUUUACUGUCAUAAUUUUUCAUUUAAAAUCUAAAAUAUCAUUAACUGUACUAUAAUAUUUAAGUAAAUAUAGUUUUUAUAAUUUAUUAUUAUAGUAUAAAUCCUUAUCAAAUUAAUUUUUAUAUUUGUAAUAAUCAUGCAUAAUGUAAAUUUUAUUUACACGUUAUGAUAUUUAGUAUCUAGUCAGAACACAUUGAAACGACAUCAAAAUAAAGAUGCCUAUUGUAUUUUAGAAUUAAAGGCUAUAUAAGUAGUUCCAACAAUUUAUGAGCUAUAUUUGAAACUUUUUUUAUCACAUCCUAAUAAUAUUGUUAAUUUUUUGUAUUGUAUUAUAUGAACUGUUAGAUAUUUUUAUUCAAUUAUGUGACUUAUUAAAAGAAUUAUAAGACAAUACUAAUUAGAUAAUUUAUACAUUUUAUACUAACAUUUGUUUUU